GCUCUUUCCAGGCACACAGAAAACAUUGCAUCCUACUGAGCUUCACCAAACGGAUAUUUAACUGCCACCUGCUCGAGGAACCACCCCGACCAGCUACAACCCCCCCCCCUGCCGCAGUAUGUGCAAAGGACUGGCAUCACUUCCUAACAGCUUUUUGGAAAGGGCUAAGGAGCUAAGGGCAAUGCUGGGAAGCAUUUUGCAACACUCCACUUGGAAUCUAUCGUGGUGCAAACAAGGGAAAAAUAAGGCAACACUGGAGGAAUGCCUUAUGUGGAAAGAGUCCUUUGAAAAACUCCUGUCCAGUAAAUAUGGACUGUGUGCCUUCACGGCCUUCCUGGUGUCGGAGUUUAGCGAAGAGAACAUCUUGUUCUACUUUGCCUGUGAAGAUUACAGAAGAACCAAGUCAGCAAUCAAAUUACCGGCCAAAGCCCAAACGAUCUAUGAUGAAUUCAUCGGCAGCGAUGCUCCACGAGAGAUUAAUAUUGACCACGAAACCCGUGACAUCACCAGAGCCAACAUGCUGGAGCCUUCACUCUCUUGCUUCGACUCGGCCCAACACAAGAUCUACAUGCUCAUGGCCAAAGACUGCUACCCUCGCUUCCUCCGCUCGCCGACUUACAGGGACCUGCUGCGCCAAGCCAAACCGAGCACCAAGGCCACCGCGCGGCCCGAGCAACAACGGAAGGUGUGAACCCUUCCCGUCGAGGAUUGUUAACGAUUCGCCUCAAGGUUUGAGAAGGCAAGAGAUGCGCGGCGUCGGCCGCUGCACCGUGAAGCUGGACUCGUGGACGCGUGCAGGAGCAGAGAUCGCCAGGAGAGCAGCUGUGGACGGGCGUGGUGUGUAGACGCCAGAGAGGGAAGGGGAAAACACGAUGGAGGAGAAAUAAUGGAAGUUGUGGCCUUAAGUGGACUGUUGUAUUGCAGACUGAGUGACAAUGAAAGAGGGGGGGAAGCACUUUUUUUCUUUGUCAAUUGGCAAACCCUUGUUGUUGUGAUGUCUCUGUCAAGUCUUGCACUGUUUGUAAACAGGAAUGUAAGGUACUUAUUUAUUUGUAUUUAUUUGCUGAAAAUGUGCUAUUUUUACCAAACAAUAAUUUAUGAAUGUAAUAUUUAUACCUGUUUUUUUCACGUACUUGCAAAUAAAGUGAAUUAUUUAAAAAAACAAA